AUGAUGGAGUCGUCCCGGCUCGCCCUGAGGGCCACUUCCGCUUCUCUACCAGUCGCCAGAAGUGGGUUUAUCGUACCCAAGGAGAUGUCUACAAUUCUCGUGGCGAAGUCAUCAAUUGGGAAGAUGGCUUUUAGUGGGAUAGAUCCCUCCACGCCUGGGCCCCACAGCAGCUUUAUCAUCGGGACCGUAACACAAAAGCAUGGUGCCGAACUCCUCCGCUGCUCCCACAAGUUAAUGACUUUGUUACCGACCAAAUGCUUCUUCAAGAAGGGUACUAAGGAAUCUUACGCACGGAAGUACCCGAACCACCACGCCACAAAAGAAAACGACAACAAUCGCGACCACAAUGGCCGAAAUGGGAACCGUAACUACAACAAUAACCGCCCUCUCCGCCGAGAUCGCGAACGGGAUCGUGAACGUGAUCGCAACUAUGACAGACGUGACCGCCGAUCGGAUAACCAUGAAAAAUCUCGUGAUCGACAGGCUCGUGACAAACCUGCCACACGCAAUGGUGGACGUCAGAGCAUGAGCCUUUCUCAGACCGUUAUCCCAGCUAUUACUGAGGAACGUGACCGUUCCAGUUCUCGUGGCCGACGCCAUUCGCGCUCUCGCACCCCCCCCACAAAUAUCGCUACACCGGGCAAAGGCCCAAAUGGUGAAGAUGUAUGUUACAACAGCUUGCAGCCUGGCCACUUAAUCGCCAACUGCCCCAAUGACCGCUUUGCCGGCAUCCUUCAGGUUGACGAUUGA